AUGACCUUCUGGGAUUCCUUUAAUGUAGCUGUUCACAGCAAGCCAGGCUUGCCUGAUGUAGACAAGUUUAAUUACCUGAAGGCCCAGGUUUCAGGGGAGGCAGAGCAAGCAAUUGGGGGCUACCUAAUUUCAGGGGAUAAUUAUGUGAAGGCACUGGCCACUCUCAAGGAACGAAAACUCCCUACUGAAACCAAGCGCAACCUAGCCAGGACACAACAAGGGGGGGACUGGACCAUACAAGGUCUGAGGGAAGCUCUUAAGCAUGAGCUUAAGGUUUUAGAAGCAGGAUUCCCCCUCCUGUUGGAAUCUACACCCACAGCCUCAUUCUUUACCGGGGUAAAGGGGCCUCAUCCCCAGGGGAAAGGCAAGCCCAAGGUCAUUCAGUGCGUUUACUGUAAAGGGAAGCACAGUACACAUAACUGCGCCACCGUUUCUGACCCUAAGGCAGGGAAGGGCAUUGUUGUCAAACUAAGGCUCUGUUAUAAUUGCCUUUCAUCCUCCCAUAUCAGCUCCAAAUGCACAUCAAAGUUUCGCUGCCGUCAGUGCGGAGGUAAACGUCACACCACAAUUUGUGAGAGAGACAAAGGACAAGGUCCUCCCCCUGGGAACAAGGAGCCCCCACCCCAAGCAGAUCCAUCCCAGUCGGUUCAUACCACAUUAGCACCAGCACACCCCUAUGGCAUCCCCCAUGAGUAUCCAAUACUUCUAAAAACUGCCGUAAGCCAUGUCAGGGUUGGAAAUACUAGCAGGGAGGUGAACAUACUUCUCGAUGAGGGCGCGCAACGCUCCUUCAUUACUAAGAAACUCGCUGACGAACUCGGCGCAAAGCCUAUUUCAAGGGAGAAUAUCUCCAUGUCUGCCUUCGGGGCAACAGAAAACUCCCUUAGGAAACUAGAAGUUACAAAUGUUGAAGUAAUCAGUGAGCAAGGGGAUAGGAUUCCUCUCCGGGUGCUUGUUGUUCCACAUAUAGCCACCCCCCUGCAAUGCAAACAUCACACAGAUGUCAGUAACAUACCCGACCUGAAAGGAUUUAAAUUAGCACACCCAGUGUCCAGUGGUAAUUUCGAGAUCAACUUGUUAAUUGGUGCUGACCAUUACUGGGACAUUGUACAAGAUAAGAUUAUCCGAGGGGAAGAGGGGCCCACAGCUAUGCAGUCCAAAUUGGGCUAUCUACUAUCUGGUCCUAGUCAAUGGGCAUCACCCAAUGCUGACCCCCCUGAGAAGAACUUCUUGACUAAUUACCAGGCCACCUCGAUCACUAGAGACGACGACGGCACAUACAUUGCUUGGUUUCAAUGGAAGGAAGAGCACGCCCCUCUCCCAACUAACUUCAGUAUCUGCGAGAGACGCACAAGGGCUACCGCACGACGACUUCACCAGACACCAGAUUUGAUGAAGAGUUAUGACGACAUCAUCAAGGAACAAGAGGCCAGAGGGUUCAUUGAGAAGUUGUCACCAGGCCCCCUCGACCCCAAGUCUGAACGACUGCCUAGAGGUCGGUUCACCUUACCUAGCCGACAUGGGCUCGAUUUUAGUGCCGUUUCGCGCCCACGCUAUUAGAAUUUCCACUGAUAUA